GAAUAUUACUUUGUUCAGUAGUUUUCAAUUCCUUGUUUGUCAUACAUUGUCUCUAUUCACCACAUUUUACAUUCCGAUUUUGAAUCUUUAUCCACUAUGGAAGACCCAGAAACAGAUCGCAACCACCAUGAAUCUGUACCUUCUUCUUCUUCACCAUCAACCUCACAGACCCAAGAACAAACAGAGCAGCAAGAACAGCAGAGAAGGUCAACUAGUACUUUCUCUUACCGUGUCAAUGUGCUGAUAUCUGAUGUAGCAGCAUUUGAUAUGAAGGAUGAUUUUUGGUCCGGCUUUAUUGUGCUCGUCACCUUUUGGUUCUUUGCAUCCAUGACUAUGAUUCUUGGUUUCUUUGGAUCCGCCGAUUUACAACUGGGCCCGAAUUGCUCUCGUCUCAUACGAACUAAUCCAUUCUUUGUUCAGACCAUUAAGGCACAGGAAAUAGAGGGUACAAAACCUGGGUCAAUUUUAUAUGGAUUCUACAUACCUCCUCCUCUGGAUGAUGAAAUAGCUUGGACUGAAACACAUCAUACACUGGUGCCAACUACUAAUCACAAGGAAUGGAUUUACUUUCUAAACAAAGGGUCAAGAAUAGAUAUAUAUUACCAUGUCAAACCUUCAAGUUCCUCGCCUUUAACACUUGUAAUUGCACAAGGUAGAGAAAGCCUGGUUGAGUGGAUAGAGGAUCCAUCAUAUGGAAGUGGUAAGAUCCAUCAGGUAAUAUCGGAGUCUUCUAGUUAUUAUAUUGCAGUAGGGAACUUGAACCCUGAGGAUGUUGAGGCAGACUUGGAAUUCAACAUAAAGUCCACUCUUUAUAACACAAGUCAGGCAUAUUACAGGUGCUCCAUACAUAAUCAGUACUGUGGCUUAGAGCUUUCCCUCUUAGGGACAACUUCUGCUGUCUUAACUUCUCCAGGUCCUAAAGAGGGUAUUCAGGAAGAUGACUGGUAUGUCAAAGUGUCAUAUGGACCACGAUGGCUCAUCUAUUUUCUUGGAUCAGGUGUGAUGACUGUGCUCCUGUUAAUGGCCUUUCGAUUUUGUAGCAUUUUCCAAAAUGCUGGUGAGGAUAGAACAGAUUUUCAAGGAAGAGAGGCAUCACCUGUACGAACCCCAUUGCUUUUACCCAAAGAUGAUGAUGCUUUAAGUUGGGGUUCAUCGUAUGAAUGUAUUUCAAAUGAUGAAGAGGAUUUUGAAGAGUUCCUUGGUGUUAGUUCCCUUGAAGGUAAGUCUAUAAAUGGAGGGGACGACAACAAUACUCUGCGUCUUUGUGUCAUUUGCUUUGAUGGGCCGAGAGACUGCUUCUUUCUUCCAUGUGGUCACUGUGCUACCUGUUUUACUUGUGGAACAAGGAUUUCUGAAGAGGCUGGAACUUGUCCCAUUUGUCGUAUGAAGAUGAAGAAAGUAAGGAAGAUUUUUUCAGUUUGAGGCUUUGAGCUGUAUAUAUGACUAUGUGAAUCAAACUAGCAUUGGCCUUUCUCCUUGCUUUUUCUGUACAAUUCAUGAACUUUUAGAUGGAGCUUUUGUGGAGGUUGUCAACAUUUUGCAGUUUCCUUUGUCUUGAUUUCAAUUUUAGGGUCUCUAUCUGUAUCAUUGUAGCUAAAGUUUGGAAAUGUAAUUGCAGAUGUAAUUGUUUAUAAACUGAAAUUGGUAUUGUACAAUUCAAAAGUCUACAAUCUCUUCUCACUCGAUUUGAAGAUGAU